AUGCUCGUGAAGGCGGCGGCGGUGAAAACACAGGCCCGCCGGGUCCUGUUUCGGCCUAGAACCUUGCUACCGGCGAUCUUUGGUGUCUUCGUGGUGUGCAUACUGGGGUUGAUGCAUCACAACGGCCAGUUGAAUCAAAAACCUACGUUUCUGGACGGCGGCCACUCGCUCGAGCGGGUUCCUGGCGAACGCCGUGCUCGGGAACUGCAGGCGCAAAGGGCACAAUUCGAAAAGGAGUACCAUCAGCUUAAACAUCGACCCGGCUACAAGGCCAUCUACGGGAACACUCUCGAGACUCUCGUUGACCAGGACACCAGGGGGCCCUCGCAAGAGGAGCGACUCGGUCCGGUCUUCAAUACAACCGUCAACUUCAGCAAGGCCCAGCCCGUCACCUUUAACCCAUAUCCCAACUACAACAGCCCCGAAUGGGAAGCGGAGCACGCAGCAUAUGUGCCGUGCCUCGGUCCGACCGGGCAGGAGGUCGAAGAUAUUGGCGUGUUCAAGGGCCGGCCGCAGAAGUUCCCCAACCCCGGCUUUGGAAGUUACAGCGCCCUAGGGCUCGACCGGAAUCUGUGCUUCGAGAGAGAGACCCGCAUGGGGCAGUACGGGAUGUCGCCGGUGUUGAAGGCUGACGGCGAAGUCCUGAACUGGGACAACGUCAACUGGGGCGAUCUCCAGGAUCAGUGUCUCGAGAGGAAUCGCGCCCGCUUCGCCCCCAACGCCCCGGCGAACGAAUACGUCACCCCGGAUACGAGUGGCUCCACCGAUUCGAAGCGAGAUGUCGACGGCAACGAGAACAACGGAAACGACCACAUCAUGCACACCCUGAGGCGGUUCUGGCGCAAGCCGGGCUCUCGACGGAGGUCAACCAAGCCAGUCGUCAACUCCAAGCGGCCGUCUAAUGCGACGUCCAAGCCGGAGCUGAGGACCGCGUUGCUCCUCCGUAGCUUCUCGGGGAAAACCUAUACCGACAACGACAAGGAGGUCAUUCGUUCGCUGGUCACCGAACUAAGUCUCAGGACCGGUGGCGAAUUCGAGGUUUUCUUGUUUGUGCACAUCAAGGACGAGCACCGGGAGAUCUGGACCGACGACGCUUAUAACAAGGCGCUCGAGGACCACGUCCCCGCCGAGUUCAGGAGCAUGUCUGUCCUCUGGAAUGAGCCCGCCGUCAACAGCUUGUACACCAACCUGACGACCAAGGCCCGCAAGGUGCAUCACGGGCAGUUCCUCCCGGUCCAGAUGUUUAUGCAAGAGUUCCGAGAGUUUGACUUUGUCUGGAACUGGGAAAUGGACUCGCGCAUCAUCGGACACAACUACGACGUGCUCUCCAAGCUGGCCGACUUCGGCAGGAACCAGCCGCGGAAGGGGCUGUGGGAACGUAACGAGCGGUUCUAUAUCCCCUCGGUCCACGGCAGCUUUGACUCGCAGUUCCGGACCUCGGUGGAGAAGGCCGUCGGCAGCAAGACGGUUUGGGGCGCGCCCAAGGUCCCCGUCGUCAGCCCCUUCGGCCCCGAACCUCCCGUCGCGGACCCCCGGGACGACGAUUACACGUGGGGCGUGGGCGAGGAGGCGGAUUUGAUCGAGUUGUCUCCGAUGUUCAACCCCGUCAACAGCGGCUGGGUCAUGCGCAAUUCGGUCUGGGGGUCUAGGCUCUCGAGACGGCUGAUCGACGCCAUGCACUACGAGGACCUACAGGGCAACCACGUCACUUCCGAGAUGGUGGCUCCGACAGCAACGUUGCUCCACGGCUUCAAGGGCGUGUACGCACCAAUGCCUGUCUUUUUUGACCGUGCGUGGAGCGGCUCUCAGCUCGCGAAGUGGUUCAACGGUGGACCCAAGGGCCAGAGCGGCAGCUUCGGCAGCUCCAUGGCGUGGGGACAAGAAGGACGAUACAUGGGCACGACCUGGUACUUCCGCGCCUACCCCCCACAGCGGUUGUACAACAACUGGAUGGGCUACGAGGAUACCGAGAUCGGCGGCGACGAGUGGGAGGCUGAGCACGGCCGCCCGUGUCUGCCUUCUAUGAUCCUGCAUCCGAUCAAGGAGAUCAGCCCGACUGAGAAGGGCUACGCGACCGAUUCCAGACUCACGUACGAUUGAGCGGGUAGGCAGGAUGGAUGGUUGAUCGAGCUGCCUACAUCAUUACACCGCGUUCGCGGCGUAGGGCCCUACCUUACAGGCCGCGCCGAGCGGUGAUUUCUGACUAUUUGUCUCACUUGCAGGCCCACGUCUGGGUGGAAGAACAACAUUUUGUCAUGACUACGAACAC